AUAAGGGAAGCCAGACAAUGUAGAGGCCAGGCAUGCAGACACUGUUAACCUUACAGACCAGCACCUCAUUCUUCUGCUGGUAUCCGAGAGGCUUCGGAUUUGUCAUCUAGUUUUUUUUUUGUUAUCGGUUAGUUUUAUUUUUACUUCGUCGUUAGUGAUAGAACAAAUGGCUUUGGAAGCGCAUUGUGAGAACUUUCUGAAGAAGUCUUGGUGCCAGCAGUCUUGUUUUUUCAGGUACUCUUGUUGAUAACCUCUCAGGAUCCCCCUUCCCGAGUCUUUGCCAUCUUUAUUUUUUCUCUCCUGGAGCAUCAUCCGUUUCUGUUUGGACUGUCUCAAACUGCAUUCGGCGAUGCUGACUGAACUGAACUGCGGGGGCCUGUCAGUGGGGUCAGAUGUCUGCGAUCUGACCCUCUUACCGCCAACGCCCCCGGUGCCGUCCUUACCAGGAGCUGGAGCGAUACCCGUUGGCGGCGGCCAAUGGACCCAGCUGCUGGACCUUCACCCUGGCUCUUCCUACAACUCCCUGAACUCCCACCACUCCCUCAUAAAGCAGGAGCCCGGCUGGGGGUCUUCCGACCUAACAGAGGACCCUCACUGUGGUCUGGGGGCCUUUACCGUGCACAUCUCCGGCCAGUUCACAGGCUCGGGCCCCUGCCGGGUCGGCGGCUUUGGAGAGCCGGCCUCAAGUCAAAGGAUGUUUUCUACCGGGGCCUACCUGCCCAGCUGUGUGGACAGCUCCUCUCCGACCCGGAACCAGGGUAAGGAACCCGACCCACUUCCGCCUUUGACAGAGUCAGGUUAUGGAGCAGUUGGUUUCGACAGCAACCCGAGUUAUGGACACACUCCCUCCCACCACACUCCUCAGCUCCCCAGCCUGUCCUUCAAGCACGAGGACACGCUGUCACCGCUGAACAGCAUAGUUGAUCAGCAGUAUCCCGCACCAAAUCCCAUGUUUGGCUGUCACAGUCCUCCAGAGUCCUGCCCAAGCAACCAAGCUCUGCUGCUGAGAAACUACAACAGUGACAACCUGUACCAAAUGGCAUCGCAGCUGGAAUGCGUCACAUGGAACCAGAUGAACACCCUGGCAUCGACAAUGAAGAGCAGUCAUGCGAUCAGCUACGACAGCGACCCUCCAGCCCCAGCCCCGCCCAUGCUCGUCAGCGCCCAGUACCACAUUCACACACACGGCGUCUUCAAAGGCCUUCAGGAUGUUAGGCGGGUACCCAGUAUCGGUCCUCCAAUGGCAAAGUCCACAGAGGCCAGUGAGAAGCGCCCUUUUAUGUGCGCUCAUCCCGGCUGCAACAAGAGAUACUUCAAGCUGUCCCAUCUGCAGAUGCAUGGCCGAAAACACACAGGAGAGAGGCCUUACCAGUGUGAUUUCACAGAAUGUGGCCGUCGGUUUUCUCGCUCAGACCAGUUAAAGAGACACCAACGCAGACACACAGGAGUGAAGCCCUUUGAGUGUGAGACCUGUCAGAGAAAGUUCUCACGGUCAGAUCACCUCAAGACACACACUCGGACUCAUACAGGUAAAACAAGUGAGAAGCCUUUUACUUGCCGCUGGCCCAGCUGUCAGAAGAAGUUUGCCCGCUCUGAUGAGCUGGUGCGCCACCACAGCAUGCACCAGAGGAACCUGACCAAGCUGCAGCCCGCCAUCUGAGCAGCGGGGAGGCCGGGGAGUAACGUAGAGAAGGAGGUGACGACGUGUUGUGCCAGUUUCGCAGAGAAACACGCCCGGAGCCUGGUCAGCGGUUUGGGGGGGGGGGGGUUGACCUGCUGCCAGACUUGGCGGAGCGGUGAGCACAGCUGACGCCCGCAUCACUCGCACGACGCCAGAGGAGCAGACUCACUAAAUCCAUCAGGAGACUCCUCCGCUGGCGCUCGUUGUGGUUAUAUAACGUUAAAGCCUCAGACGUUGAGAGGAUAGAGCACCACACAGGGUUCUGAGCCAAGAAUUGUUUUGCCGUUUAUGGGGAACACUUUAACACACUAUCCUAUUUUUCAUAUAUUUGCACUGUUUGAUUCGUGUCAUUUGACCCAUCUAACUUUGAAAAUGUUAUGGACUUUGCAUUAAGGGACUUUUCUUUCACCCUUUUUUUUUUUUUUUUGUCAACGUGUUUAUAUAUGCCUUAAAGUAGAUAUUACUCACCGAAGUGCUUUGUAUAUAUUGUAAGUGGUGCCUUUUUUUUUGUAACACUGUAGACAUUCAUUAAAUGUUAUCUGUGUUGUUUCUUAAA